AUGGAAGUACGCGUUUUAGGAAAUUUCGUUUCUUUUGGUGAAAGAUAUCAUAAAGAAAAUUUUCAAAAAAACCCACAAAUUAAAGAGAAUUCUAAGAAUUUUCUCCCAAAUUCUUACAAUUUAACUGAAAAAUUAACUAACUAUUACAAGCUUUAUGAGGGUUUUAAUAGGACAUUACAUGAAACGAGUAAUCUGGACGAUUUUGAAGAAGAGCUUUACGUUUCUAAUAAGACAGUUAUUUGGAGUAGAGGAAAUAUUUUAUAUAAAACUUUCACAUAUGAAGAGCCAAUUUUGCAAGCUUUGUUCGUUUGGUUUAAAGUAGCAAAAAGUUAUUAUGCUUAUGAGCUUGAACGGAAUUCCGAAACUUCUCGUAAGAAACCCGUACAAACGGAAAGACAACGAGCUCUCUUUGUGCUCCUCGAAAAUUAUGCAAAGGUGUAUUUCUUAGAUGGUCAACAUUUCUUGAUAAGGGUUCCUUCUUACGUGCGUCGUGCUUGGGCAAUGAAUGUUGGAGUUAUUCUUCAAUGCGACUCAGAGUCUUUAAAUACAUCAAAUUAUACCUCUGAUCCCCUUCCGGUUCUCUACAGUAUAUUGGAUCCUUUGGAGGAUAUCAAACGUAUUUCAAUUGCGGAUAAAAUUUUUUAUGAGGGUGAGAAAAUCGAUAUAUUGGGAAUGACACAACCUUUCUUGGAUAAUGAUGAAGCCGUGAUAUUUGUAAAUGAUUGUGAUGUUCAAGACAAUCUUAUUAUAGUCACAUUGAAUCGUAAAACUCUUCGGCAUUCUGUGUAUAGAUAUGUUAUCAAGAAAGAAAGUAGUUUAAAAACGUUAGAAAGGAUCUGUUCAUCACCUGUUAAAUCACGUAGCCAAAGAAAUUCAAACGUCCGUUCUGAUAAUUCACUGCAAAAUAAAGAACGACGGAUUUCUGUUGGACUUGACGAUUCGUUUCAAGGAUCCGAGGGGAGAAGUUCUCUUCAACAUAUGGAUAGAUCUUUAUACGUAGCUGGUUUUAGCUCAGACGACAUUUAUAAUGACUUAAGUUCAAAAUUAGACGUAAAAAGCGAUAUUUUUAUGGAACUUCUUUGGACAGAAUCUACAGCGAAAAUUGAUAAAUUUGAAGAGAGCAAAGUAUUUAUAGCUCAUGACUAUGCCGGAAAUGAUGUUUUAUGCUUAUUUAUUAAAUCAAAUCAAAACUUCAUUGCAUUGGAUAUUUUUACACAUCAUUCAAAUGAGUCAAAAAUUUCGCUUAAAUUUGAACUUAAGGCAAUAGCAGCCUCACCGAUCUCUGCAACUAGGCCUAAUUACAAUGAUAUUUUGUUUGUAAAAGAGGGAGUUAAACAUCCUAUUUUUGAACUAUGGAUUGGCUAUGGCAAAAUUAUUCCAUUGAAUUUGGAUUAUAAUUUCAAGGAUUAUUCUGGCAAAGCUGUGGAAGAGACAUUAUAUGAAAAAGAAUCUUUCCCUUUAUCAACUUUUCAUCAUCAAUUACUUGAAAAAUACAUUGUACCGGAUAAAACCAUAUUAAAUUUGAAAAAAUUAAAUUCGAAUAUUUUCGAUUUAAAAGAUAAUGUUCGUCAUCGUGUUAAUUUGGUUAUUUCUAACAAUAUAUUACUUAGAAUAGACCUUAACUUUAUUCCGAAGUCUAAAAUUGUUCAAAAAUGUCUGGAUGCUUUGAGUUUCGCGUUACCGACAGAAUUAUACUAUAACUUAAAAGCACAAUAUCUUUGUUAUCAGUAUGCCAAGGAAGAUAAUGUAAGAUCAGAAUCCAGAGGAAAUGAGUGGGAAAAAUUCGCUGUUGCUCUUUUGUCAUUCUUACCUUUCUCCAUAUCAUUGCAUUCUAAUAAUAAUAUGAAGACAAAAGAAACCGAAGGAUGGGAGUUUUUACUUUCAUCUUCACAACACGCAAAAUUUAAUUUCAAUUCUUAUUUGCACUGCAUACGCCCGACAUCAAAUCAAUUACAAGCAAUCGAUGAUUCUAUAAUAAAGAUGUGUGAAAAGUCUCGGGAACCGUUUUUUACUAAAACAACAGUUAAUCAAAAAUUGUCGAGUUUUUUACCUAUUAUUCUUGUCACUCUUCAUCUUGUUUAUCAGGAUCUAAAAUUAGAUACUUUAACACAAAAAUAUGUUGACGAAAUUUUACCAUUAUUGAUUCAAUUAUCAAAAUUUCUUGGAUGGGAGACUUAUGUUGAAUAUUAUAAAAGAAACUAUGGAUUAGAUAAAAAGUUAACUGUCAAUGAAGAUACUCUAUUGAAUUCAACAUUAAGUUCUGAUCAUCCUUUCUUUACACCUCCUGAUAUAACUCAAUGGAUUUUGAAAUGUAUUCGAAAUAAUGUUGAACAAAUCCAACCUUUUCCAGAUCUUGCGGAUAUAGAUCGAAUCUUCUCAAUGUCGGAGAAAGGGGAAAUCUUAGUCCAAAAUCCCAACUGCUGUGCAAGAACACGGCAGAUAUGCUCAAUCUAUAUCAAAUUAAUUUAUGAAGGAGAAAAGGCAAUGAUUUUUGAAAUGGUAAAAUUUGGAUUUACAAGUAAAGAUAUUGAAUCUUUACCUUUUGGUAUUGCACUUCCUUUGCGAGAAGCUAUAAGAAAAUGUAAAGAAAAUCCUCCAGAAGAUUGGCCUGAGGCAGCUUACAUACUUAUAGGUCGAGAAGAUUUGGCAAAAUUGAAAUUUGGUACACCGAUUGGUUAUAUUCAUUCUCGAGGAAAUAAAAUGGAACCAAAGCCAAAAUCUAUUUUACAAGUAAUAGAAACUACAAUUCCCGCCCCACAGCAAGAAAAUCGAGAAGAAAUAUACGCAAGCGAAAUUUCAAAUCACGAAAUUACAGAUUUGAGAUUUGGCAAUGAUAAAAGAUUGAACGAAGUUCAGCGACUUUUACAAUCCAGUAACGUUGUACAUAUUGUAUUGCAUUCUACCGAUAUGAGUCAGAUCGAAGAAAAUUCUCCAUUAGUUUUAGACCGUGUUCAGAACCAUUGUUUAAAUAAUUUUGCACUUCCAGUUGGAAGAGGAAUCUUAACUUAUAGUACCACAACUCCUAUAGUUACUGAACCUUUUCCAAUUCCCGAAGCAAGUUUAACUAUUAAGGUAUUACCGUUCAAUUCUACAAUACAAGUUGAUAGAACACUUCGUAUACCGGAUAAUAUUGAAUGGCCAGAAUUUCAUGAAGGUGUUGCAUCUGGUUUACGAAUUCCUUCUAAUUGUAAUAUAGAAGGAUCUUGGAUUUCGCUUAAUAAACCAAAUAUGACUGAUAAUAGCAAUAGCCACGCGGGAUUUCUUUUAGGAUUAGGACUCAAUGGACAUCUGAAAGCUAUGAGUAAAUGGCAAGCUGUAGAUUAUUUGAUGAAAACUCCAAAGCACGACAUGACAACUAUUGCUUUGGUUCUUGGUUUGCCAGCUUCGUAUAUUGGUACUAUGGAUACGGAAAUAACUAGAUUUGUAGCAGUUCAUGUUACGGCCUUAUUACCGCCAAAAUCAAACAGUUUAAAUGUAUCGCCCUUAGUUCAGUCUGCAGCAUUACUUGGUAUUGGCUUGCUCUAUAUGAACACAUGUAAUAGAUAUAUGGCUCAGAUUAUGCUUGGAGAAAUUGGAACGAAGGCUCUAAAAGCGUCCGAUAACUCAGAAACGGAUUUCUCAGAAGGAUAUUCACUUGCCGCAGGAUUUUCUCUUGGAUUCAUAACUUUGGGUCAAGGCGAUGAAGCACGUGAAUUAGCUGAUUUGGAUCUUUUCAAAGAAUUAAGGUUAUAUAUAUCUGGAGGUAAAAAUUCAGUAAAAAAAUCGUCUAGUGCGAUUCCAUCCGGAAGUGGGGGUCGUUUGAAUGGAAAUGCUGAUGGAGUCAACGUUAAUGUUACUUCUCCAGGAGCGACAAUAGCACUUGGAUUAUUGUAUUUGAAAUCGAACAAGGAAAAUGUUGCAAAAGCAAUUCCUAUUCCAGAGACUGAGUUUUUCUUAGAUUACGUUAGAUCUGAUUUUCUUUUGGUUAGAAUUCUUGCCCGAAAUUUGAUCAUGUGGAGUAAUAUUAAAUCUGAUCAAGUUUGGGUCGAAAGCCAUAUACCUGAAUAUAUGAAGAGAAAAUUGGAGCAAAGAAAUUUUGGUCAUCAAAACGAUGAUGUUGAUCCAAAUUUAGAGUCUAUUAAAAGGUCCUACUAUUACAUUAUAGCAGGAGCUUGUUUUAGUAUGGCUUUAAAGUAUGCUGGAUCGGCAGACAAAACAGCAUUGCAGUGUUUACUUUAUUAUCUUGAUUUUUUUAUGAAUCUGGGUGUUUCAAGAGCUCCAACAUUUGAUGAAAACAUCACGAGGUUUGCGAUUAAAACUUGUUUGAAUGUCUUAGCUAUAUGUACUUCGAUUGUUGCGGCUGGUACUGGUAAUCUUCAAGUAUUACGAAAAAUACGUAAACUUCGCCAACUAGACAUUAAUCCUGGCAAUACCGCUACCUAUUUUCGUUCGUACGGGAAUUAUAUGGUGAUAAGUAUGGCUUUAGGGUUUUUAUUUCUUGGAGGAGGAAAUUAUACACUGUCAACAUCCAAUAAAGCUAUUGCAGGAUUGAUUUGCGCUUUAUUUUCGAGGUUUCCAGUUGAAUGUUUUGAUAACAGAGCUCAUUUGCAAGCUUUUAGACAUCUGUGGAUAUUAGCUGCGGAACCAAGAUGUUUAAUAUUAAGAGACUUGGAGACUCGAGACGCUUGUCACGUGCCGGUUAAAAUUACGUUUAAAGAUUUCUAUAAUUCAUCUGUUAUAAAAGGGGCUGAUGACACGAAAGAAACCGUAGUGAAAACUAAAGUUUUAGAUUUGGUGGCACCUUGUUUGCUACCUGAAUCAAAAUUUAUCCAGAAAAUUGAAAUUAAUAGUCCAAGAUAUUGGCCAAUAAAAUUGGAGUUUGUUAAGAAUUCGGAUAUGAUUUCUGAGUUUUGGAAAGAUCCUACAAUAUAUGUCAAAAGAAAAACGGGACAUUUGACCUAUUCUGAGGAUCCUCAAGGGUUAUGGGAUAUAUCCGCACAUAUAUUUCCUAAAGGCAAAUCUAUCAUAAGCCCUAAAGUCAAGAAAUCUAAUGAUCUAGAUUUUAUCAAAAUCUUUUCUUCAGAUCCUCAAGUUCAAGCAUUUACGAGGUACCUUUGUGAAGCUUCUUCUGCGAAUAUUUAUGAUAAAGGACGAGAGUUGUCAACAUUUUGCACCGAAAUAUUAUCAGAGUGUUUAAAUGGAAACAAACCUGAAGCUAUUCAAAUUUACCUUGCUCUCUAUCAAGUUCAGCAAAGUUUAGAACAAAUAAGCGAAACAAACCUAUGGAAUCUUAAGUUAAUCCUUGGGUAUUAUCAUGCAAGGAAAACAAGAAAUAAUAUAGACGAUGGAAAAGACGAAAGAUCAUAUGAAGAAAACGUGCUUAUAAAAAAAGAGUAUAUUGAAGUAUUAAAAUCAAGGUUGGAUCAAUAUUUCGAAAUACCUAAAGUAAAUAUUGAACAAACUAACGAUAAUAUACAAUAUUUCGCAUCUCUCUUACACGCAUAUCUAACAAAUUCUGCACUUCCUGAAAGCGAAAAACUUGGAGGUGAAGGAAACAAUAAAAGAUUGUUACAUUAUUUAUCUUCAUGGCUUAUUUAUCACGAAAUACCAAGUCGAUAUACUAUAGAAAAUACUAUAAGAUACUCUAAGGAUUUGAAAGCAAAUACAAGUAGAUUAACUAAUGAUGUGAUAUUACAAGUUCUUUCCGCGCUCUGGCCACAUAUUUCUAUUAAUAGUUUAAGAGUUAUUCAAAAUUGUUUUACUUAA